CGUAAAUUUUUUUACCGAUUUAUUUUGUCAUUUGAUGGACGUUGUCGAUGUCUGUAAAAUAAUUAUUUAUCGCCUUCAAACUGGUUUAAUUUUUUGUAAUUGUCUCUUAUAAUUAUCUGAAGUGACAUAUAAUGUGAUAAUUAAUUACAGAAAUCUGUAAGCGUAAACAAUAAUAACCUUAUUGUUAUGCGAAUCGUUUGAUUUUGGUCGAUUACAUUUAUUAUUGAGGCGGUGAAAAAGGAUUGAAGAUGAGCUACAAUUCAGGCGGUAGCAGCGGCAAGGGCUUCGGUUUCGCGGGGUUCACGAUGCCGAAGCGUAAUCCAUCGAAUGUGUCGCUGCAUGCGGUGCCUCCACCGUCGGCAACCAUGCAUGCAGUCCCACCGCCGACAUCGGGCCUGUCCAAGCAGGGCUACUCCACCAUGAGCUCUAUAACGCAGAAUGCUGUGACUGGGAACUGGGGUAGCAUUGGGAAGAAGAGAUCCAAGACUGAGGAUGAAUAUUUUGAUGAAGAUGAUGAGCCGCCAACCCCAGCAUUGGCGUACAUCCCAGCCCCCGGCAGUCCCACCAAUGAGCCAACAUCUAGUUCUAAGCGUAAUGACGAUGAUGAAGAGGACCCCCUGGACGCAUACAUGGCCGGUCUGGAGCAGCAGGCUGCCAAAGACCUGGUUGCGAGCAAGGAAAACGCCGCUAGCGGGAAGGGGGACAGCGGUCGCGGCACCAGGGGCGAUAUCGACGAGAUGGACGAUGAAGAGAGUUAUUAUAAGUAUAUGGAAGAAAAUCUAAAUAACGGUGAUGACGCGUCCGACGUGGAGGUGGAAUACGAUGAGGACGGUAAUCCUAUAGCGCCUCCAAAGAACAAGAUCAUAGACCCACUCCCGCCUAUAGACCACUCUCAGAUACAGUACGAGCCUUUUGAGAAGAACUUCUACACGCCGCAUGAGGAAAUAGAAAAGCUGACGCCGCAGCAGGUUGAGGAGUUGAAGAAGAAUUUGGGUGUUAAGAUCACGGGCCCAGACCCUCCGAAGCCGGUGUCCAGCUUCGCGCAUCUGGGUUUCGAUGAGCAGCUGAUGAAGGCGAUCCGCCGCUCGGAGUACACGCAGCCCACGCCCGUGCAGGCCGCCGGCGUGCCCGCUGCACUGUCCGGAAGAGAUCUUAUAGGUAUCGCGCGUACCGGUUCGGGUAAGACGUGCGCGUUCCUGUGGCCGCUACUCAUCCACAUCAUGGAUCAGAAGGAGCUGGCUCCUGGCGACGGACCUAUCGGACUCAUACUGGCGCCCAAGGAGUUGGCGCAACAGAUAUACAUGGAGGCGAAGAGGUUCGGCAAAGUGUACAACAUCCGUUGCGUGUGUUGUUACGGCGGAGGUUCUAAGUGGGAACAGUGCAAGGCUCUCGAGGGCGGCGGCGCUGAGAUCAUAGUGGGCACUCCUGGCAGAGUGAUAGACCUCAUAUGCAAGGCGACCAAAUUGCAGAGGGUCACGUAUUUAGUGCUUGAUGAAGCUGAUAGGAUGUUUGACAUGGGAUUUGGUGAAGCUCAGGUGCGUUCGAUCUGCGCGCACGUGCGUCCGGAGCGGCAGGCGCUGCUGUUCUCCGCCACGUUCCCGCGCCGCGUCGAGCGCCUCGCCCGCGACGCGCUGCGCGACCCCGUGCGCGUCGCACACGGCACCGGCGGCGCCACCGACCUCGUCACUCAACACGUGCGAAUAUUCUACAAACCCGAGGAGAAGUGGGCAUGGCUACUCAGCAACUUGGUGGAAUUUCUGUCGGCUGGCAGCGUGUUAAUAUUUGUUACCAAGAAGUUAGAAGCUGAACAGACUGCGGCGAACCUCGGCGUGCAACAGUACGACGCGCUGUUACUGCACGGAGACAUGGAGCAGGCCGACAGGAACAAGGUGAUCACAGCGUUUAAACGACAGGAGAACACCAUACUAGUCGCUACUGACGUGGCAGCGCGCGGUCUGGAUAUCCCGCACGUGCGCACGGUGGUGAAUUAGGUGGCGCGCGAUAUCGACACCCACACCCAUCGUGUGGGGCGAACGGGACGCGCUGGCGUGCGGGUAACCCACACGCUGCUCGCUGCUGACAAGGAUCGUGACUUCGCCGGACACCUCGUCAGGCAUCUCGAGGCUGCGCAACAGGAAGUACCUGAAGAGUUGAUGCACCUGGCGAUGCAGUCGUCGUGGUUCCGCAAGUCGCGGUAAAAGGGCAAGGGAAAGAAUCUAAACAUCGGCGGAUGUGGAUUAGGGUACAAAGAGCGUCCCGGCUUACCCGUGCACAACGACGAGCCGAUCACAGCCGUGGCGCUUGAGAAGAGCCACGGGCCCGCCACCGACCGCCUCGCAUCACUCAAACAGGCCUUCAGGGCUCAGUACAAUCAG